AUGGCGCCGCAGCGCUCCAGCCCGCCUUUUUAUAGCCAGCGCUUCCCGGCGGCCGCCGCUGAUUGGCCGAGCGCGGCAGACGGCCCGCCCGUCCAUCACACGCCGCGCACGACCAUUGGCCGCGAAAUGUCAUGUGAGCGCGGGGCCCGGGGCGCAGCGGGCCGGGAUUGGAAAGCGCCACCGAGUCACGCGGCCGGCCCGGUGGCGGGGGCGGGUUUGAAAUCCUGCUCCGGCUUCCAUUUCCUAACGGCCGCCGCUCCGCCAGCUCGACGGCUAAUUGGCUACCGCCGGUCACAUGACCCCGCAGCCUCCCCUCGCCGACAAUUCGCCCCCCGAAAUCAAACCCUUUCCUCACCUUCUGGCCUGCGGCCGCGCUGCCGGCGCCUCGGCCGCGUUCUCUCCCGUCCCCUGCGUCGUGCCCGGGUCCGGGAGCUCGUUUUUAACCGCCUUUUUUCCUCCAUUUUCCGCAAAAUGUUAACAAAGAAAAUCUCCGGCUACGUCAGCGCUCGCCCCGCAGGCGACCGCCCAUUGGCCGCCUCCGAUCACGUGACGCGCACUCGGCGUUUAAACACUUUUUUCUUCAUCCCCGUCGGCUUUUUUCCGGCUUUCUUCCCUCAAAAUGCAAGAGUAACAUCGCAAUGCAUCGACUCCCACAGAACAACUGGAAGACUACGGAUUAAAACCAAAGGAGAAGAGAUUGACCAUAUCAGGCCAGUCAGGUGCUGCUCGACCCACUGAGCUCCUCCAACAGUUUGUGUGUUGCUCCAGAUUCCAGCCUCUGCGGUCUCUUGUGUCUCUCUGGUUUAUUAGCUUGUAGCCUCCUGCACUGUAACAAGGAGGGCCACCGUAAUCUUGACGAACAGCACCUCAUCUUCUGUCUUGGCACGUUGCAGCGUUCCGGAGUCGAUAUUGGAAUUCUCCCACUGUGGGUAACUCGCUCUUUCUGCCUGUUUGUAUCAGAUCCGGCAAUCUCCGCCUGUCAUCCAUCUGUGAUUAUGACUCCAUUUUCCUCUCUCCAUUCUUACAGCCUGACCUGUUCGGCUUGUCUGACAGCUCUAUUAUUAGCAGCAAAUAACACAGACAAAGAAGUGCGAUCACCAUCUAACUGCCCCGUUUGAUCUGGUCUCACCCUAUCGCAGGUAUCAUGGUCAUAGAGUCAUCGGCAUGGAAGCAGGGUCUGUCCAGACCCCAAUUACACUAAUCCCACCUUUUAUCUCCCCACAUUUCCACUAAUUUCCCUCAGAUUCUACACAAGAGGGGCAAUUUACAACAGACAAAUAACCCUCUCUGGAAUGUGGGAGAAAAUGGGAGCACACUGGGGUGGGAGGUGGAAAACCCACCCUGUUACAGGAAGAACGAGAAGUGUGGGAAGUCGUAUACAACAUGGCAACAGGCCCUUUGGCUGACUGAGGCCAUGCCGACCAUCAGGCACCCAUUUACACUAAUCCUACAUUAAUCCCUGGUUUUAUUUUCUCCAAGCUGCACACCGACAGCACCUGAGGUCAGGAUCGAACUGCUUAAUUCAUCCAUUCCUUAUGUCACCUUUCUCCAACAACUCCUUGUAACUUGGGGGGGUGGUGAAGACAGACACUCUCUCAGCAUUUAAGAAGUCUUUUACACGAGCACUUGAAUCGCCAAGGCAGAGAAGGCUGCAGUAAAUGGGAUUAGUGUAGAUGGGGACAAUGGUUGGCAUGGACAAGAUGGGCUGAAUGGCCUGAUCCUGUGCUAUUUGACUAUAUGACUUUAUGACUGAAGAUUAGAUAAGAACAACAAAACAGAAGAGCUGGUCAUUGACUUCAGGAAAGGGGGCGGUGUACAUGCACCUGUCUACAUCAGUGGUGCUGAGGUCAAGAGGGUUGAGAGCUUCAAGUUCCUGGGAGUGAACAUCACCAACUGCCUGUCCUGGUCAAAUCAUGCAGAUGGCACAGCCAAGAAAGUUCACCAGCGCCUCUACUUCCUCAGGAGGCUAAAGAAAUUUGGUUUGUCCCCUUUGACUCUCACCAACUUUUACCAAUGCACCACAGAAAGCAUCCUAUCUGGAUGUAUCACAGCUUGGUACGGCAACUGCUCUGCCCAGUACCGCAAGAAGCUGCAGAGAGUUGUGGACACAGCCCAGUGCAUCACGGACACCAGCCUCCCCUCCUUGGACUCUGUCUUUACCUCUCGUUGUCUUGGUGAAGCAGCCAGCAUAAUCAAAGACCCCACCCACCCGGGACAUUCUCUCUUCUCUCCUCUUCCAUUUCAGGUAGAAGAUAUGGGAACCUGAGGGCAUGUACCACCAGGCUCAAGGACAGCUUCUAUCCCACUGUGAUAAGACUGUUGAAUGGUUCCCUUAUACAAUGAGAUGGACUAUGAUCUUACGAUCUACCUUGUUGUGACCUUGCACCUUAUUGCACUGCACUUUCUCUGUAGCUGUGACACUGUACUGUUAUUGUUUUUGCCUGUACUACGUUAAUGCACUCUGUACUAAUUCAAUGUAACUGCACUGUGUAACGAAUUGACCUGUACGAUCGGUAUGCAAGACAAGUUUUUCACUGUACCUUGGUACAAGUGACAAUAAUAAACCAAUACCAAU